AUGAUUAAGGGGACUAGUAGAAAUGGUAAAGAUACAACUGGAGAUAUACCAUUACAUAUUUUUGAUGAGCUUGAAAAGGUAGAAAUUGAAAGACUCGGUGAUACACAUGGCCAGCGAGAAAGCAAUUUAUUUAAUGAUUUCAUAGAUAAUACGGUUGAUGAACGCCGAGAUAGGAUAAUGCAGGACAUGGAGACAUCUACGUCGAAUGGAGAAGAGGCUACAGAUGAAGAGGAUUACGUGAGCGAGGAUGAAGACUAUGAGCUUGCACUAUCUGAAGCGCAAAGACAUUGGGAGGAAUCGUUACAGCAACUGAAUAAGGCCCUCAAUUGGGUGAUAUUGCCACUGCUGGGAAAAUUCAUGGGACGGAAGGCUGCCACAUUUGUUUGGAAGAGAGUUGCUGGAUGGUUCUGGUAA